AAAAGAGUUGCUGUAGCUGCCGUUCCUUCCAUGUUGGUUUGAGCCUUAUGUUGUACUGUCAAAGAGAUCUAUCAGAAGAAUGAGGCUGGUCAUUUUGGAUGAUUAUGCGCUUGCUAGUGAAUGGGCAGCAAAGUAUAUUUGUAACCGUAUCAUUCAGUUCAGUCCUGGUCCAGAUAAAUACUUCACAUUAGGUUUGCCGACAGGCAGCACACCCCUAGGAUGCUACAAGAAACUGAUUGAGUAUCACAAGAGCGGGGAUCUGUCAUUCAAGUAUGUGAAAACCUUUAACAUGGAUGAGUAUGUUGGACUUCCCAGGGACCAUCCUGAAAGCUACCAUUCCUACAUGUGGAACAACUUCUUCAAACACAUUGAUAUUGACCCCAGUAAUGCUCACAUCCUUGAUGGCAACGCGUCCGAUCUGCAAGCGGAGUGUGAAGAUUUUGAAAGGAAAAUCAAAGAAGCAGGAGGGAUUGAGCUGUUUGUGGGAGGUAUUGGUCCAGAUGGACACAUUGCUUUUAAUGAGCCCGGUUCCAGUUUGGUAUCUAGGACUAGAUUAAAGACUUUAGCUAUGGACACCAUUUUAGCCAAUGCCAAGUAUUUUGACGGUGACCUCUCAAAAGUUCCAACCAUGGCACUGACAGUAGGAGUGGGAACAGUAAUGGACGCCAGAGAGGUGAUGAUCCUUAUAACCGGUGCACACAAAGCCUUUGCCUUGUACAAGGCUAUAGAGGAAGGUGUGAACCACAUGUGGACCGUAUCGGCGUUCCAGCAGCACCCUCGCACUAUUUUCGUCUGUGAUGAGGAUGCCACUUUAGAGUUACGAGUAAAAACUGUUAAAUAUUUUAAAGGUUUAAUGCAUGUACACAACAGGCUGGUGGAUCCGCUGCACAGCAUGAAGAAAAACUAAAGUGGAAUUGAUGGUGCAAUGCUUUGGGAACCAGGAACCAAUGUACUAAUUGCUAUGCAAUGUUACUGCAUAAGUACCGCACAGUCCAGGUCCAUAUGCACUGAGCAAUUUAACAUUCCACCUAAUAUAUAGUCUGUAUGGUUUCUAUAAAUUGUGUACUGUAAGAAUUUACAUGAAUAGCCUCUCACUGCAGCUCUGCAGGGGACACCAGCCUAUGGCCUGCUGUGUAGGGGUAACACUCCCUCAUUAAAUAGAGAGCGCAGCACUCCUGCACAUUUAUAUACUCCAAUGUUGAGUACCCAUGUUGCUCAGGGUAUGUGUCUGUGAGCCCUGCUUAUAGAGACAUGACCCCUGAAAUACCCGGCUACAAUAGUAGCUACAAUAGAGCAAGUAAUGAAUGCUAAGCCAGUUCUGCUACACUAAGUAUCAAUGGGCUGUACUUGUACUGCCUUGCUAGGGCAUGGGAAACAGUUAUUACAGUAUUGAUUUCAGUUUAUCAGAUGUCAUUUUUCAUGUUGAUCACUAAGUACUUCUAUACUGUGGCCAUUCCUCCAUCCCCCAUGAAGGUGGUUGUGUAGUCUUAAGAUGGCUUUAAUGAAGAUUAUUCAUUUAUUUAGUGUACAGUAGAGUAAGUCCAACUCCCUGCAGAGGUGCCGUAGAUGCACCAGUAGUGGGGCAGUAGGCCCAAAGGCCAGACUGCUCACCAUAUUACCAUGUAUAAGGUGGGGCUUUUGCCCAGGGUGGUCUCAAACAAUAGAAGGUGGCCCGAGUGCUUCCCAUUGAUGGCAAUGGAAAGUGUAGCAAGUAGCCCAAAAUCCCUACAGAGUCCCUUGGUAUAAACUUGGGCUGACUGUCAGGGCCCAAGAUCUCGCUCCUGAGAAUGGAAAAUGGUUUUUCUCAGACCAUGAAAUUGGACCAGCUUAAUAGAACAUUAUGCACCAACAGAACCAAGUGCCUGUGUAUCAAUAGAAUUGUUGCAAAAUUUUCUGGUCUACUUGGUCCCAAACCAGGUUUAAGUUUAGAAUAUACUGCCCUUUAAAGCUAAUUUACAUGAAUAUGUAUAUUAUUUUCAUUAGUAGAUGUUGGUUUCCCUUCAUUUAUGAGGCAAAACUGACAAACAGGCUUUACUGAUUUAAUUUUUUUUAGUCAAAAAGCACCAGUUAAACUUGCCAAGCUGUAGUGAGCAUUGUAUCCUUCUAUCUGUUUACUUGUGUUGGAUUUUUUUGCAGUUCUUUUCCCAGUAGGGAUAUUCCUGAAUGCAGCUCAUAAGGAAGAAUGAAGGGGUUCUUUGGCAUAGCCGUUCCUCUUGUGUGCAAGACUUUGGAUAAGGGACAUGGUGAAGGAGAUGUUAAGCACAUCUUUUCCCUUUUUCAAAUUCUGCAUUCUUUAGCUGUUUUCUUAAAAUAAUACCCAAGAAUGCAAUGUACACUAAUAAACAGGUUCAUAUUAAAAGCAUUUUUUUUUUCAUUUGUCCUUAA